GUCCCGCCUUCCGUUCCUCUGGAAGCCGCGAGAGAACCAGGAGGGUUGAUAGAGCGUAGAACCCAUAUUUGCCGUUGAAAGAUUCUGAUUCUGAUCAACCUUUCCCAUCCUAUGAGAAGUCAUGGGCCGUUUCCAGGAUCUGCUGCUCCUCUUCCUCCUAGGGUGCGCUUCCUUGACCAUGGCACAGAAUUUGCUUUGUCAUAAAGGUGUAUUUACGACUUUACUAGACGACCCAAGAAAUUCAUCUAACUGGACUGGAGGGGAAGUUGAGACUUGCGAUAAAGGGGCACUUUGCCAAGAAACUAUACUAAUGAUUAUAGCAGCAGGAGAGAAGACAGCCAUUUUGGCCACAAAGGGGUGCAUCUCGGAAAAGACAGAAUCAGUGACAUUUAUCCAACACUCUCCACCGCCUGGCCUCGUGGCAGUCUCCUACACUAACUACUGUGAGAGUCCCCUCUGCAACAAAAGAGAGAGCAUAGCUUCAUUUUGGAAACCAGAAGUGACUACAGCUCCCAGUGUGCGAACCCUCCACUGCCCAACCUGUGUGGCUCAGGGAACCUGUUUCAAUGCUCCUUUGCUGCCGUGUCCCCAUGGUACAACUCGAUGCUAUCAAGGAAAACUUAAUUUCUCUGGAGGAGGCAUCAACUCAUCUCUGGAGGUGAAAGGCUGUACAGCCACAGCUGGUUGCAGGCUGAUGGCCAGGAUCUCUGAAGUAGGACCUAUAUCGAUGACGGAAGUGUGUCCACGUCAGCUUCAGGCUCAAGCCCGGAAGGCUGCAAGUGGAGCCAGCUGGUUUCCCGUUUCAGUUUGGAGGUUAACGCUACGACUGUCAUUGCUGCUGCAAUCACUUGUCCUUUUUUUCUGAGAAGAUGCUUCUGCUCCUGGGUCCCAAGACACUUUUUUUGACUGAGAACUUUCUGACUGCCUGUUUCUAACCAAGUUGAAAAAAAAAUGGAGAGUUGAAGAUGAAUAGAAAGAGAGCUGCCAUGGAUGUACUUGACAUGUUUAAUAAAGUUUCUGAUUUGUAUAUUUUCAAGA